AUGAAUGCUUCAAUACAUAUUAGAGGUUUUAUUGAAAAACAAACUUCUGAGCAAAUUGAGAAUAAUAGAUUAAGACUUCAAGUUACAAUUGAUGUAGUCAAAUGGCUUGCCUUACAAGCUUGUGCCUUUCAAGGACGUGACAAAAGUAAAGAAUCAAUUAAUCGAGGAAAUUUUCAUGAACUUCUGAAGUUAUUGGCAUCUUACAAUGAUAAGCGUAAUGAUAAAUUAAAGGCUCAAUAUGUUGAACUUGCUACUAAGAUUGCAAAUGAUGAAAUCGAAUCAGGGAAGAGGCUAAAUCAAAUUUCCACCUUAAAGCAAACUGGAGAUACUCAUUUUUCUUGCAAUCAAUUAUUAUCAUUUGAGUUUGUUUUCAUAUUACAUCUUAUGAAAGAGAUUUUGAAAAUUACUCGUAUUCUUUGUGUAGACUUACAACGACAAUCACAAGAUAUUCUGAAUGUUAUGCAUAUUGUUGCAAAUUUGGAUGCUCAAUAUGUUGCAAAGGGUGGAAGAUCUCGAAAUCAACAAGAUAAGAUUAGUGUUAUGCAGUAUUAUCGAGUUGAUAUCUUUAUUACUACACUUGACUAUCAAUUGCAAGAAUUAAACUCUAGAUUCAAUGAACAUUCAGUAGAGUUACUUGUUCUUAGCACUGCUUUUGAUCCUAGAGAUGGAUUUAAAUUUUUCAAGAUUGAUGAUAUUUGCAAACUUGCAGAGAAGUUCUAUCCUGAUGAUUUCUCAGAGCAAGAAGUACGCUUGUUGACGCUGUUUUUCGUCUACUUAAAUAGUAGAACAAUUAAACAAUAA